UUGGUCUUUGGACAAAGUCAAAUUCAAGUCAACGUAAAUGUCAAAUGUUCCAAAACGACGCCGAAAUUCCAAUAAAAAAUUUUUCAUAAUUUUUCAAUUUCGCUAAAACUCACAAAAAAAGAAAACAAACAAAAUUUUACAAACAAAUUGAUCAUUGUGACAUUUUUUUGUGCGAAAAAAAAAUUCUAACAAAUUGUAGUGAGAAAUUUGUGCAAAUUUUUCGGACAAUUUUGAGAUAAAAAUAAAAAAAACAACAAAUAUUGUGUGCGAACAUACAAGCAAACAAAAAAAAAUUGUUUUACAAAAAUAACAAAAAAAGUGUAUAAUAAAAAAAAAUUCGAAAUAAAUUGAAAUUUUUUACUGGUUCGACGGAAAGUUACCAACUGCAGUGUCUAAAAACAACAACAACUAGCUCUAAAGGUAAAUGCAUAGCUAAAACAAAAAGCAGCAACAACAAAAACAACAACUUCAAGCGUCGUUGAGCCAGCAAAAGCAAACGCCAGCGUUUUGAGAGCAAUCAAAAGCAGUUAAAGUCGCAGCAGCAACAACAGCAAAAAACAACGAGCAGCAGCAGCAAACCUGUUUUUGGCAAAUUAUUGACAUUUAACAUUGAAUUUGUACAAAAUAAAUAAACAAUUGGAUUAAAAAAAAAUUACAAAAACGAAAAACUAAAUUUCAAAUCAAGCAGUUCAAAAUUAAAUUAAAAAAAAAUUAAAUAUUUUAAAAUUUUAUAUUUUGCAUUUAAAUACUAAAAGUGAAUUUUAGUAUUUGUUGUUUAUACAAAAAGCAAGCCAAAAAAUCUACAAAAGUUAACAUUCCAAAAAAUUUGCGCUAAAGCACAAAAAAAAAUUGUCAGUUUUUAAAUUUUAUAAAUUCAAAAAUAAAUAAGCAACGCAAAAACAUGGCAUCUGAGAUGGAUCAAUUUGCUGACUUGGAAUUGUCAAAGGAAGAUCGCGAACAGAUUUUUGAUCCACCUUUGGAUCGACAACCGUUGGAAGGUGCUGGCACCUCAAGCAUUUCGACGUCGAAAAUUCUUAUUAGCGGCAUACCGCUGCAAACACGUUUCGAAGACAUCGAACCUCUACUGAAGCCAUACGGCAUCGUCAAACAGUGUGAGGCUGUGUCUAGUAAGGACCCCAAUACUCAGACUGUACAUAUAACAUUCGAAAAUCCCGAUCAGGCUCAAAGAGCUGCUGGCGGUUUGAACGGUGUCGAAUUUGAGGGCAACAAAUUGCACGCCGAACCAUUGGAUAAGAAUCAACGUCGCACCAAUCGCAACCAACGCAAUCCAUAUCCCGGUAUGCCAGGUCCCGGACGUCAAGCUGAUUUUCCGCUGCGCAUUCUUGUGCAAAGUGAAAUGGUCGGCGCCAUUAUCGGGCGUCAAGGUAUCACCAUACGCACGAUCACACAACAGAGUCAUGCACGUGUCGAUGUGCAUCGAAAGGAGAAUGUCGGCUCGCUGGAGAAGGCGAUCACCAUUUAUGGUAAUCCCGAAAAUUGCACUAACGCAUGCAAACGCAUUUUGGAGGUGAUGCAACAGGAGGCCAUUUCAACGAAUAAGGGCGACAUAUGCUUGAAAAUUUUAGCCCAUAACAAUUUAAUUGGUCGCAUUAUUGGCAAAAAUGGUAAUACGAUCAAGCGUAUUAUGCAGGAUACGGAUACAAAGAUUACCGUUAGCUCGAUAAACGAUAUCAAUAGCUUCAAUUUGGAACGUAUUAUUACUGUUAAGGGCCUAAUCGAUAAUAUGUCACGCGCCGAAGCGCAAAUUAGUUCAAAACUACGACAAAGCUAUGAGAAUGAUUUACAAGCCAUGGCUCCACAGAGUCUCAUGUUCCCCGGCCUCCAUCCGAUGGCCAUGAUGUCGACACCCGGCAACGGUAUGGUCUUCAAUCCGAGCAUGCCAUAUCAAUCAUGUCCGGGCUUCCCCAUGUCCAAGACACCGGCCAGUGUUGUGCCGCCCGUCUUCCCCAAUGAUAUGCAGGAAACGACAUACCUCUACAUACCGAAUAAUGCGGUAGGCGCAAUUAUCGGCACUAAAGGCUCAUACAUACGCAGCGUAAUGCGUUUCUCGAAUGCCUCGCUUAAGAUCGCACCGAUCGACAAUGAUAAGCCGGCCGAACAGCAAACUGAACGUAAAGUGACGAUUGUCGGCACACCGGAGGGCCAAUGGAAGGCACAAUAUAUGAUUUUCGAGAAGAUGCGGGAAGAGGGUUUCAUGUGCGGCACAGAAGAUGUACGACUAACGGUCGAAAUUAUGGUGGCCAGUUCACAGGUGGGUCGAAUAAUCGGCAAGGGCGGCCAGAAUGUUCGUGACCUGCAACGCGUUACCGGCAGCGUUAUCAAACUACCUGAGCAUGCGGUGGCGCCCGCAUCGGGUGGUGAUGAAGAGACUCCCGUACACAUAAUCGGGCAAUUCUACAGCGUGCAGUCGGCACAGCGUCGCAUACGUGCCAUGAUGAUGUCGACGAAUCCACCGCCGGUGACUAAAAAACAGAAAGCCGCCAAGGAGCAAACCGCCGCCGCCGCCGCUGCAGCAGCUGCUGCCGCCGCCGGCAGUGGGACUCAGCAACUGCAGCAGCAGCAGCAACAACAACAAGUAACACAACAGCAACAACAACAACAUCAACUGCAGCCACAACAACAGCAGCAGCAAUCGCCGCCGCAACAACAACAACAACAGCCACCGGCGUCAAGUCAGUAAGAAAAGUAGUAGAAAAAAAACACAAACAAAAAAUUAAAAAAAUUCGUUUCAAACGUUUUGUUGAAGCCUACUUUUUACAUAUUUUUUUUUAUUUUUAUUAUUAUUAUAAUUUUUUUUAUUAAAUUAAAUGCAGAGAAAUGUGUAUGAUGAGGAUGUAUUUAGGUUUUCUAAUAUACUAUUAACAUAAUUAUUAAAUAUAUAUUUCUUUUUUAAACAACAAUGAUGAUGAUGAUGAGGAUGAUGUUGAUGAUGUAUCAUCAUCGUUGUGGGUGUUAAUCAAUUAUGAUUAUUAUGAGAAUAUAUGCUGAUGACAAAUGCAAAAAAAUAAAAUAAAAAGAAACAAAAUAAUGAUAAUGAUGAGCACAACCCCGAGUAAUAGUAAUGACGAUUAUGAUGACGUCAUAAGCGUAAAGCAAGCGUGGUAAUUUCAAAAUAGAAGACCAGCAGCAGAAAAACAAAACAAACGAAAAAUAAUAAUAAUAUUUUACAAAAAAAAAAAAACAAACUAAAACAAAGUAAUAAUAAUUUACAACAAAAACAAAAUUUGAAGUCGGUUAUAAAAACAAAAUGUAAAUGCUUGCAAAAAAUGCAACAACACUAAAAAAAUAUUGCGCAACCUUAACAGCGAAGAAACAAAAACAAGAAAUACAACAACAACACAUUUGUGCGCUUUUAACGCAAAGCGCAUAAAAAAAACCUAAAUUUGAGCAACAACAAAGUUUUCGGCCAAAUGUCAGUUGAAAUAUCAAAAAAAAAAUAAGCAUAAACAGAAAAUCAAAAACAAAAAACAACUACAAAUUCGUAUUUGCAAUUAAAAAGUAAUAAAAUAAAAUUCAUUAAAAUUCAAACACAAAAAAAUGCUUUGCAGACACUGUAAGGACAGUACAGCACAACAAAAAAAAAAGCAAAAAUGAUGCGCAACAACAACAACAACAACAAAAAUGCAACGUCAACACUGCAUAUGAUAAAUAGUGCAAAAAUAAAUUGGAAUAAAAUAUGAAAUUGCAAGAGAAAUUACAAGAGAGAAGCAAAACAGCUAAAGUCAGUGGGGCAAGUUCAAUGAAAAUAAACAUAAAAAAUUGCAUAAAAGUUAAAACGAAAAAAAACAUCAAGAAAAAUAUAUUUAAAUUACGAAAACGUAAAAUAUUUCAAAAAUUACACAUAAAAAAAGUUAUGUUUACAAAAACAUAUGCAAAAAAAAAAGAAUAAAAUGAAAAUUAAAAUUAAAAAUUAAUAACGACUUUGUAAAACAAAUAAAAAAUUUUGUCAAAAAUUUUUUUUUUUCAAAAACUGCAAAGAAUGCGAACUGAUAAAAAUUGAAAUUCAAAACACUUGAGUAUAAUAAUACCGUUAAAUCAACAGCUUUGGCAAUAAAAUCAGUAACAAAAAUAAAAAACUUAAAAAAUGUCACAGUCAAAUCACAAUAACUGUUUUAAGCUAAAUAACGACAAAAUAUAUACGGUUUCACCAAAUUAAAAAAAAAAAUACAAAAUUUUAUAAAAUUUACAUUGAAAGUGUGAAAUCGCUGGCAGAAAAUAUUAACAAAAAAUAUUACAAAUUAAAUAAUUCAUGCUUAAACAUAUGCAGUGUGCGUUGCAGCAUUAAUUCGCAUAAAAAUAAAUAUAAAUUUUGAACAAUAAAAAAUAUUGGUAAAAUAAAAAAAAUUUUGAACAAUAAAUAAUAUUGGUAAUAUAAAAAAAUAUUUAUGCAAAAUAAACAAUAAAAAAUUUAUAUUUUGGCAAAGCAAGAAAAUAUUGACAUAAAUAUAGUUUGUAGCAAGACUGCUAACAUUUUUUGUGAAAAAUAAAAUCUUGAAAAAUUGCAAAAAAAUUUAAAAAACGUAAAUUGCUUGCGCAAGGGAAUUACACUUUUUCAAAAAUAAUAAAUUAGGAGAACAGUUAAAAUAUGCUAAUAAAACAUGAAGAAGACUUCAUGAAAAGUGCAGGCGCGUGUGACUGAUAUUUUAAUAAAAUAAAUCGAUUUUCACAUAAAAUUAAAAUUUCUAAAAUAAAAAAAUAAAUUUUUAAAAAUUGUAUAUAAAAGAGUAAUAUAUAAUUUUUAUAGUAAUUUUUACAGCAUUUCCAAAAAAAUUAUCAACUAAAUUUGUAUAAAAAAUCGUAUUAAAAAAUGGAUUCCAAAAAAAUUAAAUUUUUAAAAAUUGUAUAUAAAAGAUUAAUAUAUAAUUUUUAAAGCAUUUCCAAAAAAUUAUCAACUAAAUUUAUAUAAAAAAUUGUAUUAAAAAAUAGAUUUCAAAAAACAAAUUUAAAUAUUUUUUUCCAACAAUUUUCACUUUAUUUUCAAAAAAUGCUUAAAUCCUUUUUAACGAUAAAUUUUUUUUUUAGUAUUUUUAAAUCAUUUUCAGAAAAAAAAUUUCAAGUUAAUUUGUAUAAAAAAUGUGUAUUUCAAAAAAUCAAAUUUAAAUACUUUUUUCAAAAAUUUUCAAAACAUUUCCAAAAAAAUUUUAAUAUUCUUCAACCAAUAUUUUUAAAAUCGUCCAAUCGUCAGGCGUUGCCACACUUUUAUUGAAGUCACACUUUAUUUUUUAUUAGCGUAUUCACUGUUUUUUUUUUUUUUUGCAAAAAAAUUAACUUUAAUCCGUCAUAAUUUUGAGAGAUUCGCGUAAAAUCAGCGAACAAAGCGCAAAUGUGUUCCUAAAAGUUUUAGUGGUAUGUGAAAAAAAAAACAAAAUAGCAAAGUUAACAGUAAAUUUGCUGUAACUUAACUACAAGCAUACUACACUAACUCAACCGAAAGUAACUACUUGCAAAACUAGUUCCAUUAAACAUUAAACAAACAAAAAAAAGAGAGUUUCUACAUAUUUAAUUCUUUUUUGUUUGCGUCUAGUGAGAAUUGUUAAUUGCGUUUGCCUUGAAACGGUGCUGAAAUGUUUUUUAAUUUGCAUACAUUUGCAGAUUUGUAUGGAAAAUGUUGUUUAAUAUGCGUAUAAUGAGUUAAAUGAGAUAUAAAGUAAAGAAUGCACUUGAAUUUUAAACUAAUUUUACAUACAUACAUACACAUGUAUAUUGGUUGUUUUUGUUUUUAAUAUAAUUUUUAAUUUUUUUGAAAUUUUUUUUUUUAAUUUUAUUAUUUUUUCAUAAUGCAAUUGACAGUUACAAUAAUAAGCUACGCUAAUUGCUUACCCAAAAAACAGUUGUAGCGCGCUGAAAUGAGAGAGAAAAUAAUAAUAAUUAAUUAAAAAUAUAAUAAAUAGUUUAGCAUAAUAUUCAUUUUUUUGUUACAAUGUUAAAUAUGUUUUCUGCAUUGCCUUAAGCAUUAAUUAUUAUUUUUUUUAUGCACUAUUUCAAUUAGUUUCAGCAUUAUUUACAAUAUACAUAUAUACAUACAUACAUACAUAUAACAUUGACCUAUGCAAAGUAACUGUAAAACAUAGUAAUACACUGUAGCCAAGUGGUAGAGCAAUUAGUGUUUAAAAAGGUGAAAGAAAGUAAGAAAAGCAAAAAAACAAAAUAGCGAAACCACAGAAAAGCACUUAAAAGUCUUUUCACACAGCUGCUAAUUGAUCAAUUAACCGGCCACUGGUCGAUUAAAACGCUGAUUACGAACGAUUUGCUGUUCGUUUAUCGAGUAGCCGGCAGUGCGAAGAGCAAAAACUGCUUUCUCAAUCAAAAUUUUAAUUGAUCAAUUAAUUUGGCUGUGUGAAAAGGCUAUAACACUUAGUAAAUUUAUUAAUGAGCAGCAAACAAUCAAACAAACCAACAAAACAAUCAACUUGCAUGCCAACAAGCCAAUAGUUUAAUAAUAAUAGUAAAGAAAUAAAAAAAUAUUUUUUUUUUACAAUAGCAGAAAUAUUAACGGAUUUUGCAAAGCAAAAAAAAUAAAAAAAAAUAAUAUUUUUUACAGUAAUUUUUUACUAGUAACUACAAUAGUGUGCAGACAAUAGCCCGAGUUAAUGCAAAAUAAACUAUAAUAGUCCCUUAACUACCUACCUAAGCCAAGCUGAAUUUAUUAUCUUUUUUUAUUUUCUUAACUAAAUAUAUAACAAUACAAUACAAUAUACAUACUUACAUACAUACAUAUAUGCAUAAAAAGUUUAUUUAAAAAAUGAAAAAAUGUAUAAUUAAAAAAAAAUGAAUAAAAAAUACCACACAUUUACCAUAUAAACAUACAUAUUUGUACAUACAUAUAUACAUAGCAACAAUUUUACAUACCUUCUCUACAUAAAACCCAUAGCAUAUUAUAUAAAAAAAAAAUAAUAAUACAUAUAUGCAUAAUUAAUAAAAAAAACAAUAGCACACAGCAGCAAAAUAUUAAAAAACAAUUACUUGAAUUUGAAAGAUAUAAUAACAUUUAUAAUAUUUUAAUUAAAAAUAUUUUCUCUUGUUGUACUUGUUUACUACAUAUUAUUAACAUAAAUACGAAAUACAAACAAAAUAAAUCAGCAUAAAUAAUUAAUUACUGUUAUUCAGUGUAGCUAAUGCAUUAACUACUUUUUAAGAAAAAAUAGUUUUGAAUUUUUUUUGCUAUAAAAAUUGAAAAAUUGUUUAACGGUAAUUGAAAACUAAUUGCAUGCGGGGGAUAAUGAUUUGCAAACAAUUGUAAAAAAAAACAACAAAACAAUUGUAUAGAAAUUACAGACUUUUUUGCAGUAAAUAAACAUUAAAAAAAAACAUUUUUUUUGGAACAAAUAAACAUUUUCGGCACAAAAACUUUCAAAAUUUUCAAAGCAAAGAAAAAAUGCGGAAUUUGUGUGCAUUAGUGCGGUGGGUGACUGGCGUGCAUUAGGACUGUGAAAUUAAAAAAAAAUUGAAAUUUAAAAAUCAAAAUUUAAAAAAUGAAUAUUAAAAAAUCGAUAAAUAUCGUUUUUGCACGUAAACUAAAUUAGCUAUUGCAAAAGUUUAAAAGCGCAUUAACAUAAUUGCAUCAAAUAAAAAAUAUAUUUAAAUUUUAUCGAUAAUUUUAGUCGAUAUUUUCAUCGAUUAUUUAAGAAAAAAUCAGUUCAGUAGCGCAUUAACUUAAUUACAGUAAAUAAAAAAUAUAUUUCAAUUUUAUCGAUAAUUUUAAUCGAUUAUUUUAUAAAAUUCCAAGUUUGUAGUAAUUACAGUAAAUAAAAAAUAUAUUACAAUUUUAUCGAUAAUUUUAAUCGAUAUUUUAACGAUUAUAUUUAAAAUUUUCAUUAUUGCAGCAAAUAAAAAAGAUAUUUUACAAAUAACUUUUUUCCAGCAAAUCGAAAGCAUAUUUCAAUGUUAUCGAUAAUUUAUUAUAAAUCAAUCUUUUAUCACUACUUUUAAUCGAUAUUCUACCGAUAAAUUUCAAUCGAUAAUUUAUCAAUUGUUUUUAAAAUUUUCGGAUUUUUUAAAUUUCAAUUUCCCCUACCACAAGCACGCAAAAUUCCGUAAAAAAAAGAAAUCUUUCGGCAAAACGCAUAAACAAAAAUCUCAAAAUUAUCGAUAAAAAAAAAAAAAAAACAAAAAAUAAUUACAGCAAAUUGCAGGCAACAAAAUAUAAUAAUUUUGCUACUAAUGCAAGCGUGUGUUUUCUUAAACUAAAUAUUAGCUUUUAAAUGCAAAUGCUGCAAAAGUGUUGUUGUAAAAGUUAAAAGAAAAAAUGUUAAAAUGUUGCAUGAAAACGAAAACGGAUGAUUGAAUUAACGUAAAUAAUUACCUCAAUAUAAGUGCAUUAUCUUCGUAUUAUAAAGGAAAAGUAAAAGAAAAAAAUUAAUAAAUUAAUAAAAACUUAAAAAUACCAAGAAAACCACAAAAUAAUAAUAAACAAAAUUUAACAAGAACAAAAAAAUUAAUAAAAACAAUUUAAAAUACAGUUUGCAAGAAAAAACAAAUACAAACAAGAAAAAGUAGUAAACAAAUAAUAAAAAAAAACCGUAAUUGAAAUUACAACAAAUAUAUACAGACAUUUGGUGUAUAUAAACAUUACUUGCUAACAAAUAAACCAAAUUGUACGAAAAGAAAAUUGAAAUCUAAACUAAACUAAUAAAUGCAAAUAAAAGCAAAAACAACAACAAACAGCAUUACAACAAAAAAUAAAUAGUUAAAAAACAACCGGAAAUACACAGCAUGACUACAUUAAAGUUAACGCUAAAAGACUAGUAACCGCAUAUUUGUUAGCAAAAAACCGAUAACGGUAAAUAAUUUAUGGACUACAAAUAUAUACAAAAAAAGGUUAUCGAAAACUAACAACAACAACAAUGCGCAUAUCAAUAAAUUUUUAUGUAUGAAAUUUGAAACGAAAAAAUUGCAAACAUACAACAACAACAAAAAAUGGUGUAGAUUACAAACCGCGCAAGUCACAAAUAGCCAGGACAUAGAAAAAAUGAAUAAAUGUGAAAACGAAACAACACAACAAUUUAUGAGAAACAAAAACAAAAAUAAAAUUUAAUAAAAAUGCAAAAUAAAAAUACAAAAUCGAUACAGCAACAAUGCAAAAAAAAAAAAGCGAUGGAACGGCGCUGAAGUGAAGAGCAAUGGCAUAUGAAGAGAGAGGCGCGAGUCUUAUAUGACGAAGCGGUAAAAAUUUGUUAAUACCAAAAUUAAAUUAACGUAACAUUUAUAGAAAUUUAAAAAAAUUUAAGAAAAUUAGAAAAAUAUAAAUUUUACACAUUUUAAAUUACGCAGAUUUUCAAAAUCGCGCUCCUGCUUCUGCGCUCACUUCAAAAAACCGUUCCACUGGCAUUUACACAAGAGAAGACAAUUACCCGCUACUGAACCAAUUCAAUGCAAAUUAAAUAAAUACAAACAAAACAAAUACAACAACAAAAAACAUAAAAAUACAACAACAACAAAAAUCGAAUAUACCAAAAAGCGAAAACAAACAACAAAAUGUUCUAAUACUAAAGAUUUUUAAAUUUUGAAGAAUGUUGUUCGAGGAACCGUAUGUAUUUUCGGCGUGAAGUAAUCAAUAAACUUUUAUUUUUUACUAAUAUAGUAUUGUUUUAUGGUUAGCGCAAACGUAAUAGAGUUGUAGUGAAAUAACAACAACAACAAAACAAACUAACAAAUAAAAGCUACAACAACGCGUAUUGCAUAAUGAGAAUUCGCCAAUUUUGAGGAGAUUCAAAUUGAAUAAAGUGUGUGUGUAUAUAAUAUUUUGUAGGUAUACCUUUUAUAUAUAUAUUUUUAAAAAAUAUAUAUUUAUAAAAUUUACGAUAAAUAUAUAAUAUUUUGUUGAAAUUGUUUUUUUUUCUUCUCUCGCUCAUUAACAAAAACUAAGAAACCAAAAAACGAAAAAAAAAAAAAACAUUUUAAGUAACAUACUAACAUACAUACAUGCUUACAAGAACAAAUGUUGUAUGAGCUGAGUUGAUUUUUGCAUAAAUUGCAACUCUAAACUGUUUAUUAAGCGGAAAAUGUACGGGUAAUAUUUAUAUUGUAGGAUAUAUUUUCUUUAAUAUAUUAUAUAUAUUAAGAAACACAGCAAACAAAAAAUGAAUGAGAGUUCAAAGCCAAAAUGUGUAAAAGCGUGGACAAAGUUUGAACAAAACUACAACAACAACAAAAAUUUCAACCGCAAUGCAACUAAAUUUGAGAAAAAAAAACACAAAAUACAAAAUUAUGAGAAAUAAUAAUAAUUAUUAUUAAAUAAAUGCGCGUAAUGUCAAAGAAAUGUCAAAAAAAGCAGUUAAAUGCAAAACUGUAAAUCGUUUAAACGUCAGCGACAAAGAAAUCUAAAAAAAUAAACAGUUAAAUGCAAAACUCUAAAUCGUUCAAACGUCAACGACAAAGAAAUGUCAAAAUAAACGGUUUUUAUUUAACUGUAAAUCAUUCAAGCGUAAAACAAAUGUCAAAGAAACAGUUUUACUUUAACUGUAAAUCGUUUAAAUGACAAGAACAGGAGCGCGAACCAAACAACAAACAAACCAAACAGUGACAACAAAACACAAAAAUAAAAAAAAUACAUAUUUAUGAUAUGUCCAAACACCGAUUUUGUCCAAACUUUACUGCGACUGCGUUAGCGUUUUGAAACUACAUAUGUGAGGCAAAAAUUUUACAAAUAUUUGCAUUUCGAAAAAGAAAGAUUUUGGAAAAUAUGGCGUAGAUUUCAUAGAAAUCGAAAAGUACAUUUUACAAAACUUAUACGAGUAUACAAACUAACUUUGGGGAACAAAACAAAAAUCCAAAACAAAAAAGAAA